CUUAGGUCGUGAGAGGAAGCUUAUUAUUUAGCGAGUCUCGAAUGGGUCGCGGAGCAAGUCUGGUUUCACUCCCUCUCGCACGAUCCCUCGAAACCUCCAUCUCAAACGAACCUUGACGCCAGCCCAUUACUAUUCAUCCUCAGAUCCAGACUCGAUCGCUUCAAAUCCUCGCUGGAUUCGACACGACACGACACGAUACGACUCGACUCGACUCGAAUUUGCAGCGUCGACGCAAUUCCCGAAGUCCCUCACGUAAAAUGUCGAGAUAGAUUGAAGGAUCAACAGAUUGAACAGCGCUGGGCGCCGGAUAACACGAUGGACCUGCACGCACGACAGAUUAUCAACAUAGCCCGUCCGACCUCGACAACUUCAUCGACGAGAGCUCAUUGUACUCCUUUUACGCUUCCUUCGAAUGGAGUCCUUACAUUAGGGGUCUCCGAUGUGUUGACGUUAACCUCAGAUGCUGUUUUUAAACCGGAAUGUACGGGCAGCAACGAUGCGGUUCUGACUGGCACCGAUUCCCCAAGCUAUUUAGAAGAUUUCAGAGAUCCCUUCUAUGCUUCAACCAUUCCAGAAUGUUACGCGCUGGCGGCUGCAACCGUCAUAUCGUAUAUGCUCGUAAUCAUGCUUCUAAUCACUCCUCGAACAUUCCUCCAUGAAGGAGCUGUGGUACUUGGUAGAAGAGGUUUUACAAAUGGACCCUCCGGUAGUGAUGCUGGCAUUGGAAUAGGUGGAAGACCUUGGCUCCAGAAAGUUGCGGCGUUGACUGUGGCGAUAUCACUUACAAUUGCGACUGCGGACACGUUCAAAGUGGCUGAACAACAAUACGAAACUGGAUACAUGGACGCACAAGCCCUACAAAACCAAGUUGAGGAUGGCACGGAAUUGAAGGUUAUCCGCGUCAUUUCGGACACUUUUCUCUGGUUGGCACAAGCCCAAACCCUCAUCAGGUUAUUUCCUCGCCAGAGGGAAAAGAUCAUCAUUAAGUGGACGGCAUUCGCUCUGAUUUCCCUCGACGUCCUUUUCAGUCUUCUCAACAACUUUGUCUACGAUGGAAACUCUCGACCUCGCAGUUUCGUUGACGCCGUUCCUGCUCUGGCGUAUCUGUUCCAAUUGGCCUUGAGUCUUCUGUAUGCUGCUUGGGUCAUAUAUUACUCGAUCACAAAGAGGCGGUUUGCUUUCUAUCAUCCACAGAUGAGAAACAUCUGUCUGGUAGCGUUAUUAUCGCUUGUGGCAAUCUUGGUGCCCGUGGUCUUUUUCGUCCUAGACAUAUCGAAACCAAACCUGGCUGGAUGGGGAGAUUACGUACGAUGGGUUGGGGCUGCUGCUGCUAGUGUGGUUGUAUGGGAAUGGGUAGAAAGAAUCGAGGCCUUGGAAAGAAACGACAAGAAAGAUGGCGUUCUAGGUCGCGAAGUCUUCGAUGGAGAUGAAAUGUUAGACGUCGACCCGUCCCCGGAUGGCACAUGGAAAUAUCGUCUCAAGCAGUACAAAGAUGUUAGAAAAGGCAAGGGAGUAGACAGAGGAGGCGAUAGUCUUACCACCGGCAGCCAUGGAAGACAUUGGCCAGCGAUGAGUGGUCUAGCAAAUCGUUACCGACCUCGUGCUACUCAUGAUGUUGAAAAUGGCCGAGAAGACGAGGAUCAGGCUUCGAAGCCUCAUGCCAGCAGGAAACCAAGGCCAAAGCCGCCUCUAUGGCCUACACGACCACCACCGGCUGCUACUCCAGUUAGUCGUACUGAUACUGCUAGCGCGGAAAGCACCGUCUACGCCAUUAGGUAUCAUCCUAUCAGCGAUGCUACACCACCACCGCGCAAUUCAAUACCACCUCAGCCUUCAAGAUCGAACAGCUUGGAGAUUUUAACAGCCAGAAGUGAGCACGAAGACACCAAUGAACAACCCGAGAAAUCUCUCUCUGUCCAAGAGACGGAAGAAGCACCUGUCCCUGUUGCAGAUCACUCGAAUCCGUGGCAAACAUUGGUGAGAGUCAAUCCUUUCCGCAGAAAAGCUCAAGACCCUCCGCCGGAAGUAUCAGCACAUACUGUCAAGCCUCAAGAACCCGUUAACCCCCAUGGACCGGUAAAUAAAUGGGAUGUUCGCGCACGAUUCGAGGACUUUGCCGCUACUCAGGCUGAGAAGCUGCGUGAGAAGAAGCGCCCAACGGUCAAUAUUGGUUCAUUACCAGUCACAGUCAUACCAGCCCCUCCUCGGCGACGUGACCUUCUGGCCACUUUAGAUGAGCUGGAACAUACUGGCAAUGGUGAAAGACCUUUCACAAGCAGCUCUAAUACCUGGGUCGCUACACCUAGUACAAUGGCAGAUAGAAUGGCAGAUAGACCAUCCGACCCUGAGGCCGUUGAUCAGUCACGUUCACCUCAACCGCAAAGAAUGAGCGAUCCCUACACACCAAAUGACCUGAAUGGCCAUUCAAUCCACCAAAGAGGUGCCAUUUCCUUUGCAACCCCUGGAUCGCAAGACCGCAAUGGAGCUGUGAGCCCUGUAUCUCCUAUAUCAAUAAUGGACAGAGCCACGCCAACCGUUAUCAGCUCUCGAGGAACUCCUAGUCAGCCUCAUUCACCUGUGUCUCCAAGACGGGACGGUCUGCCAUUUAUGAGCAUACCCGCUCCUCCCAGGCGUCCCAGGUCGAAUGAGGAAUGAAUAGUUGAGAUCUGAUAUUGGAUUGAUCUGCUUCAUAGCGUGGCGUUGGUCUGGGUUUUCGGUACGGUCACAUGAAAGGGAAUCAAAAAAGGGUAUUGAUGCGGGAUCU